GUUAACCCCGUCGUUGUUCAUGAGAGAAGCACAACAUGGCAUCUGACGGAGCACCGGGAACUGACUCUCUCCCGUCCGAUUUAGGAAGUGCUAUCGCGGCMUUAAACACAUGGAGCAAUCCGGAGCUUCAAGCCAAGCUGGCGGAGCUGGGAGCGCCGACCAUGGGCCCAAGAGAGGAGCUCAUAGAGCGGCUGAAGGGCUACAUGAUGCAGACUGGCAUUAUCCUCAGCAAACCGAAUGAGGACAAACCAAUGGGUCCUCAGAUUCCAGGUAUGCCUCCUCUCCCCCCGAUGCCCAUGCCACCCAUGCCCCCUGGCAUCAGUAUGCUCCAGCCUAUGGGUAUGAUGCCCCCCGGCGGCCCCCCUCCACCUGUUCUACCCAUGGGCAUGGAGCGCACGCCUCUGCCCCCUCCCGUCCUAUCGCAGGACAACCAACUGAAGAUGGCUCAGCAGAGGGCAGCCAUGGUUUUACACCACGAGGGAGACGAAAAGGACCUUCUGGAGCAACAGAAAAGGGCUGCAGUGCUGAUGGAACAGGAGCGUCAGCAGGAGAUGGCCAAGAUCUCUGCUAGAUCUAUGCCCACUGUCACCGAAAUAAGAGUUUCGGCCUUGGAUCCUCGUGGGCCGCUUCCUCCUGGCAUCACUUUGUUGCCGUCCCACAAACAGAGGGCGCCACCCCCUCCAGGCGAGGACAAGGAGCUCUGGCAGAACGAGGAAAUGAGCAUCAGUGGACCCAAGAUCCCCCAGGCUCUGGAGAAGAUCCUGCAGCUGAAGGAGAUCAGACAGGAGCAGCUCACUGAUGUAGCAGACGACGAUGACGAGGGAGCAGACAUGGAUACAAACAACUCCUCAGGACUGCUGAUGUCUGAGAACGAAGAUGACGGGCAGUUGUCGAAAAAAGACAAAAACCGUCGACGCAGAAACCGCAAGAAGAAGAGCAAGAAGAAGCGAGCGCAGGAGAAGAAGGAGCAGGCUGAGCAGCAACAACAACAACAGCAGCAGCAGCAGCAGAAGAAGAAGGACGGUGGUGAAAAGGAAAAGGAGAAAGACAAAGAUAAAGAUAAAGACAAAGGGAAGGAUCCUGAGGUGGAGAUCGAGUACGUCACAGAGGAACCGGAGAUUUACGACCCCAACUUCAUCUUUUUCAAGAGGAUUUUUGAAGCUUUUAAGUUGACUGAUGAUGUGAAGAAAGAGAAGGACAAAGAGCCAGAGAAGGCCGAGAAGCAGGAGAUGCUAGGUGUCCUGCGGAAAAAGGGAUUUGAAUUGGAGCGAAAAGACAGCGAUGAUAGUGAUGAGGAAGUCAAACAAGAUGCACCGAAACUGUCUAAGAAGAAGCUGAGGAGGAUGAACAGGCUGACUGUGGCUGAACUCAAGCAG